CGUGAACGAACGUCAGUUUUGCCUAAAAUGUCUUCGAUCAAAGUCAUAAAUUUCGCGCUCAUUUUUCUUCUCAUUGGAAUCUCUCGUGUCGCGCCUUAUAAAAUCCUCGUAAUUUUUCCUACUGGCUCUUAUAGUCAUCAACGCCCGCAACAAGCAGUUUCAGAAGGCUUAGCUGAAGCAGGUCAUCAUGUAACAAUUUUAACUCCAAAUCUAUUAAAAACUUCAAAUCCAAAUAUCACUCAAGUUGAUAUCAAUUUUACUUAUGGAUUUAUCAAAGAGUUUGAUUUAUCAGCUACCAUUGGACCUUACGAAAUGCUUGGACUAAUGUCAAAGAUUUUUGCUAAAGUUCAUGAUGGUUUGAUGGAAUACGAGCCAUUUGCUUCAGUUGUGAAAAACAUAAAAAAGGAAAAAUAUGACGCUGUAAUAGUCGAAGCUCUUCCAUAUUUUCCAUUUUUUGUGGCAAAGGAAAUUUUUGACACUACGUUAAUUGGACUUUCAACUCUCGAAUUGAUGCCAAUGUUUCAUAAAGCGAUGGGAAAUCUCAUUCAUCCAACAUUGCAUCCGAGUUUCUUUAUCGAUUCUCCAACUAAUCCAAGUAUUUGGGAUCGCAUUUCAAUGGUUCAUUACGCCCUCUAUGAGUUGUAUUGGGAAAAAUUUGAUCUGUUUCCACGAUUAGAUGCGAUUAUCAAGAAAUAUUUUCCGGAAACAAAAAGUAAGUCGAAAGAUUUAAUCAGAAGCUUGGAUCUCGUGCUCGAGGGAAUAACUCCAGUUCUUGGAAAUGUAAGACCAGUUGUUCCAAAUACAAUUAGAAUUGGAUUUUUACAUAUUAAAGAACCAAAAGUGUUACCUAAUCCAUUGAAAUCGUAUUUAGACAAUUCAAAAACUGGCGUCAUCUAUUUGAGCUUCGGUUCCAACGUCAAAAGUGCUCAGCUAAAGCCUCAUAUUCGAAAAACUAUCAUGGAUACUUUUCGUCGAUUAAAGUACGAUAUCUUAUGGAAAUAUGAAAACGAUACUGUCGAAGGUAAACCUAACAAUGUCAGGAUAGAAAAAUGGUUACCUCAAAUGGAUCUUUUGGCGCAUAAAAAUAUCAAAGUUUUCAUCACGCAAGGAGGCGGGCAAUCCAUGGAAGAAACGAUCGCAAGAGGAGUUCCUGUAGUUGUUAUUCCAUUCUUCGCUGAUCAGGAUGCAAACGCACAAAAAAUGGAGAAUUUGGGUAUCGGAAGACGAUUAAAUGUGAACGAACUUACGGUUGAAAAACUCGAAUCGACAAUAAUGGAAGUCAUUAACAAUCCAAAAUAUAAGCAAACCGUGAAGCAACUUGGAGAUCGCAUUCGUGACACGCCAAUGACUCCCGUUCAAACUGCUGUUUGGUGGAUUGAAUAUGCAAUUAGGAAUCGCGGAGCUGAACAUUUGAAAUAUAAAGGCACAGAUGUUCCCUUCAUCGAGUAUUAUUUGAUCGAUGUCAUUGCAGUUCAUUUAGUGGGCAUCUUUUUAGUACUUUAUGUCCUCAAAAAGUUAUUCAACAUGAUAAGAGGCGGAAAUUCAAAGACAACAAAGAAAAUGAAAAAGCAAUAAAGAGAAGAUAUGUUUUAAUUAAGAAGAUUUGAUAUCACAAAGAAUUUAAUUUUAAAAUUACAGAGAUCAAUUUAGAGCAUUUCUGUUGAUUUUUCGAUAAAAUUUUAUACUUUUAAAUUUUUUAGCUUUGAGUUUAAUAUAAAUGUUUUUUUUAUAAUUUUUCAUAAUUAAAAAAAAAUAUUUAAGGCAUUUUUUUUUUGCAGUAAAUAAUUUUGAAUAUAAAUUUUGCAGGAUUUUAAAAUUUACCAAUAGAUGGCGCUUUAAAGUUCAAAAAUGACUUCUAAUUGUUAAUUAAAAUUUUAAAUUUCUGUUUAAAUUUUUAAAUAAUUUUUUCAAUAAAAAAAAUAUCCAUCGUUGUUCCAUUGUUGUCUCAAUUUUGUCGCGAAAUUAUAAAAUUUGCUUCAAAAUGAAUUAAAAUAGAAAUUCGUUCAAAUGCCGCUCAAAAUAAUAUAAUUUCGUAAAAAAAAUCUUUAAAUUUUGAUAAACAUUAAAAAAUUAUUUAAUUUUAAAUUUAAUUAAAAUAAAUAAUUUUUGGCGCGAAAAUCAAAAAAGGCGCGAAAAUCAAAAAAGGCGCGAAAAUAAAAAAUUGGCGGGAAAAUAAAAAAUGGCGCCUUUUUGUGAUCUUUUUCAAAAUAAACACAUUUAAUUGAAAAUUUUAUCAAUAAACCCAAUUGCUUAAAGUGUUUUCAGUCCAAAAAUAAUACAAUUUUGCCCUUUCUACCCCUAUCUCAUAUCUUAUGAAAUCAAAACAACAAAGACAAACAUUAAUGAUCGAAAUUUCAAAGAAAUUUAACAAUUGAGAGAAGU